GUACAUGUUUGUAGCUCAAAUUGGAGCAUGGGAUACUGGAAGUCAUGGGCUGUAAAACUGACACACAGAACCAGAGCCUCUGCAUCUUCACUUUGGCAAUCUCCCACUGAAGCAGGUCUCUUGGGAACUGCCAAAUUAAAAUCCAUCAGGAAAACAGGGUUUGUUGCUGUUGGCGUGUUAUGUGGUCAGGCAAGAUGAGCACCAGCAGCAUCUCUAAGCAAUUGUUACUGUUAACAUGGGUUUUUAAUGAGUGCUAUAGACCUAAACUAUACCUAGUGCAUCUCCUUCAGGCAUGUGUUUGGUGUGAGCUACCAGGCAAGGCUUGAGCUGCCAGGCAAACAUCACUUGGACAAGAGAGCAUCUAUAGUGUAGUAUGGCUUGUUUUGUGAGGGUUUUGAGUUCAGUUUGGUGAUGAUAAUGCUCUUCUGCAGCUCUGACUAAAAUGAUUCUGCCUACCUUCACAGGCAUCUGCUUUUAAAACCAUUUUUUUCGUUAAUGUACAGGAAAUGGAGCAUGGAAAUUAGGAAUGGAAACUUAAAGCCUUCCCUUCAGCCUUGUUUUCAGCACAAUAGAUGCUUCACGCUGUUCCUACAUGGGAAAUGUACAUAUUAAGUAAGAUUGCCACAGAUGUGAAAGAGAUGAAUUGAUUUGCCAAAGAUUGGAGAGCCAAUGUCAGUACUGGGAUCAGCCCCGAGGGCUGCUUGGCUCCCGGCUGGAGGGUGCUGGUGGGUGAGGAUGGAGUGAGAAGAGGGAGGUCUUUGCUUGCCGGUAUGUCUGCAACGCUGACAGACCCAUGGUGUGAUUUGCAGGCUUUCCCAUAGGAGAAGCAGUGGUUUAACUCUACCCUGAUCGCUUCAAAGCUGAUUAUUUCUGGCCUCUUGAACUUUUAUGAUCAUUUUAUUAGACUUCCUGGCUGUGUCUCAGUGGUGGGUGACUGAAUCUAGUCUUCUCUGCACCACAGUGAUAGUAGUAAUGUGAAGUUUAAUGAGCACCUGCAAAUUCGUGUAGCAGGGAAGGAACUGCCAUGCCCGUGGGAAUCUUCCGGGUGUGCCUAGUGGUGAUUACAGCUAUCGUCAACCAGCCGCUCCUCUUCCCUAAAGAGAAUGGCACUGUCCCUGAGAACGUGGAAGAAAUCAUCCAGAAGAUGAAGGAGCGGGAGGUGAGCCUUCGGCUGGAGCAGUUGCGCUUGGAGCAGGAAAUUGCAGACCAGGAAGCCACACAGAAGGCUGUGGAAAAUGCUGCAGAGGUAGUAGAGGGAAGUAAAGAGGAAAAGGUCCGAUGGGAUAUGUGGACUGCCCUUUCCAUGGUCAUCUUCCUGCUGAUCGAGCUCUGGAGGCAGGAUUUCCAGGAAGGGAAUUGGCAGGACACAGGAGGAGAAGAGGAUGACAUGGCUGUCCUGGGGAGAGCAUUUAAAGGAGUGUCCUUCCCUGACAAGGCCAUCUUGGCCAGCUUCUAUGAGAAGCGCAUCCUGGGUACCACCGGAGACGUGGCCAGGAUGCGGGAGAUGGUGGAAGGCUUUGCAGAUGACCUGCUGGAGGCCUUGAGGAGUGUUUGUAACCGGGAUGCUGACAUGGAAGUGGAGGACUGCAUGGGUGUGGGGAGCAUGUAUGAGAAUUGGAGAGUGCGUAAACCUUUUGUCUGUGAUCUGAUAGUGCCUUUUGCUCCCCCUGAGCCAUACUGUUUUCGGUGCCAGGCCUGGUGCUCUAGCGACUCUUCUCCCCCAGAUGAACAAGGUUAUGGCACUAUCAAGGUAUGCAGGGCAGAUGAGAAUGUGACAGGUUGCAUCUGUGACAAGACUAAACUAGGGGAAGACAUGCUGUGCCUCCUCCAUAGCCAAACCAAUACUACAAGGCCUAGCAGUGAGAUGGAAGACCUCCUGUGUUUUAAAAACACUCAAUAUCUGGAUGCUGAUCAAGUCAUGAAGUGGUUCCAGAUCGCAGUCACCAAGGCCUGGAACAGAAUCUCUCACAAGUAUGAAUUUGACCUUUCUUUCAGCCUCCUGGACUCGCCAGGAGCCCUGAAGAUCAAAUUUAGAUCAGGGAAAUCGAUUGCCUUCAACCUUACCCCUGUGGUGCAGUACGAGAACUCUGACGUGUACUUCAUCUCUCACUUCCCUCGGGGUGGCCUGGCAGCCGAGCUCCCCUCCAGCACUCGCUGGUUCCUCACCUUUGCAGUGUAUGAGAGGAGGUUCAUCCAGCUCGUCUCCAAAGCGCUGCCUGCCAAUGCCUGCCAUGUCAGCUGCCUUCAGAUCCUCUCCUUUGUCCAUGGGAAGCAGUGCAGCCUCACAGGUCCAAGCGGGCUCAGCAACUACCACCUAAAGACAGUGAUGCUGCAUCUCCUGCAGGCACGUCCCAGUCAGGACUGGGCCCCAGAAAAGCUGGAGGCCCGUCUACAGGACAUGCUGAAAUACCUGGAGAAAUGCUUGCAUGAAAAGAAGCUCUACCACUUCUUCAUUGGCAAUGGGAAGGUACCAGCAGAGCUGGGCUUUCCCAUCAUAUUCCAGAGGGCUGAGCCUCUGAACCUUUUCCGUCCCUUUGUGCUACAUAGGGACGUUUACAGGAAGACAGUGGACACGUUCCAUGAGAUGCUCAGGAACAUGUCUGCACUGAUAAAUGAGUACACAGUGCACAUUCCCCUUGCACACACCAAUGGGAUCCGUAAAGAAUCCCUUUAACCAAAGCCAGCGGGAGAGCACUUGUUCCUCUAAGCACAAGUCCAAAGGGCAGCUGUCCAAAGCCUCCUGGACACAACUGACUUUGCCAGUACAGCUUCUUGUCCACAGCUGAACCGGUCCUGGGCCAUGGUUUCUGCAGUAAGGGAGAGGGGAUGGGGGAAGGAUAGGGAAAACUGGAAGAUGUGGUAUAAAAGUAAGGCUGUGCUCCACUGGUGUGCUGGCUGGGUUUGAUGCAGCUAAGAAUAUAUUUUUUUAUUGUGCCUCAGUCACGCUGCAGUGGUGGUGAGCAGCAAA